AUGUGUGUUUUUGCUGUCCGGCUGUUUUUGGGAAUCCUUUUCUGUGCACCGCGCUCACAGUGCUUGGUGUGUCCUUUUGGCUGUGAGUGCUUUGCUGACAGUCACACAGUGAAAUGUGUUUCUGAAGAUCUGCUCACGGUGCCACAAAGUAUUCCAGGAUAUGCAAAGACCGUCAUCAUCGCAGGGAAUAAUAUUUUCCAGAUCGGACCUGAUUCCUUUGCACAGCUGGAGAAUGUCAGCAACAUCAUUUUGCGCAAUAAUAGGAUUACAGAGAUGGCGUCCCACAGCUUCUCUGCCCUCAGCAACCUGCGCUUCCUGGACCUCAGUGAGAACCAUCUGGCCCUCAUCCACCCAGAAGCCCUCAGCAUACCCGGCAGCCCCCUUCAGGAGCUCAACCUGAGCCACUCGCUGAGCAACUUCACCGCUCUGAUGGACCUCAUCACGGCUCUGCGCUGGGGGGGCCUCGGGGGGCUCCUCCGCCUCGACCUCUCUGGGAACCACCUCGCCCUGCUGCCCCCGGGGAUGUUCUCACACCUUCCCAACCUGCAGCACCUCUUCCUCACCAACAACUCCCUUAAGGCCGUCUACAGUGGAACCUUCUCUGGUAUGAACCACCUGCAGGUGCUGGACCUCACACACAACGCCUUCACGGCGGUCAGCGCUGAUGCUCUCGAGGAGCUGGAGAUGCUCGGGAACAUCCGAAUCUUCCUUGGAGACAACCCUUACACCUGCUCCUGUGAGAUCAGUCAUUUUGUUGCCUGGCUGAAUGAAUCCAGAGCCCAGGUGGAUGUGGAUGCUGUGAGGUGUGCCUCACCGGGGGGGUUAGGUGACACCCGGCUGCAAGGGCUCGGUGUCCACGCCCUUGGAUGUGUGGUUCCUGUCCAAGAAGAGGCGGAUGAUCUCACCCUGCAGACAUCCUACGUCCUCCUGGGGCUGGUGCUCGGUUUAGUGGGCAUGGUCUUUCUCUUCGUGCUCUAUCUGAAUCGCAAAGGUAUGAAGACGUGGAUCAUUGAGAUGAGAGAUGCAUGUCGUGAUGUGUUGGAGGGAUACCACUACCGAUUUCAGCUGGACUCGGACCCUCGACUGGGGCAGAUCUCUAAAGAUGGCAGAAGCGGGGUACGAGGGCAUUCAGGAUUAGAUACGUCUCAGCAGCUGCCAAGUGACACCUAUAUUGUCCAGCUUCCUACAGACACUCAGGUUAAACAGCUGACGACCUCUCCACAUGUGAAACUAUGA